CUCGGACAAGCAGCGUGGCUUUGCGUCCUCCGGCCGGGCACGUGUGGGAGACCGUCUCCUCUGGGAACCUUGCCUGCUGUGGCAAGUAGGCUCGCCUGCAGGUACCAGGGCCUUGUGGUCCGCCCAGCCUCUCCCGCGGGCGGCGCGAUGGCGGAAGCGGCGGCGGCGGCGGCGGGCGCCAGCGGAGAGGCCAUGGCGGCGCUGGUGGCCGCGGAGGGGUCCUUGGGCCCGGCGGGUUGGUCCGCUGGCCGGAGUUUCUCCAACUACCGGCCGUUCGAGCCCCAGACCCUGGGCUUCAGCCCGAGCUGGCGGCUGACGAGCUUCUCCGGCAUGAAGGGCUGAGGCUGCAAGGUCCCCCAGGAGACUCUGCUCAAACUCCUGGAGGGACUGACGCGGCCCGCGCCGCAGCCCCCGCUCGCCUCGGGUCUGGUCGGGGCCAGCCAGGAAGAGACGGUGCAGGAAGGGGGCCUGUCCACCAGGGCCGGCCCGGGCUCCGCCUUCCCCUCGCUGAGCAUCGGGAUGGACUCCUGCGUCAUCCCCCUGAGGCACGGCGGCCUGUCGCUGGUGCAGACCACCGACUUCUUCUACCCGUUGGUGGAAGACCCCUACAUGAUGGGGCGCAUAGCGUGUGCCAAUGUGCUCAGUGACCUCUACGCCAUGGGCAUUACGGAGUGUGACAAUAUGUUGAUGUUGCUCAGCGUGAGCCAGAGCAUGAGUGAGAAGGAACGAGAGAAGGUGACGCCUCUCAUGAUCAAAGGCUUUCGGGACGCCGCGGAGGAGGGAGGGACGGCAGUGACAGGUGGACAGACAGUGGUCAACCCCUGGAUCAUCAUCGGCGGGGUUGCCACUGUGGUGUGCCCACAGAAUGAGUUCAUAAUGCCUGAUAGCGCCGUGGUAGGAGAUGUGCUGGUGUUAACCAAGCCCUUAGGAACCCAGGUGGCCGCCAAUGCCCACCAAUGGCUGGAUAAUCCUGAAAAGUGGAAUAAAAUCAAGAUGGUGGUUUCCAGAGAGGAAGUAGAGUUGGCCUACCAGGAAGCUAUGUUCAAUAUGGCUACUCUGAACAGAACUGCUGCUGGCUUGAUGCACACCUUUAAUGCCCACGCAGCCACGGAUAUCACAGGCUUUGGCAUUUUAGGACACUCUCAGAACCUAGCAAAGCAACAGAAAAACGAAGUUUCCUUUGUCAUUCACAAUCUGCCAAUCAUUGCCAAGAUGGCAGCCAUCAGCAAAGCCAGUGGGCGCUUUGGCCUCCUCCAGGGAACGUCGGCUGAAACCUCCGGGGGAUUGCUGAUUUGCCUGCCAAGAGAGCAGGCAGCUCGCUUUUGUUCAGAAAUCAAAUCCUCCAAAUAUGGAGAGGGUCACCAGGCAUGGAUCGUUGGCAUUGUGGAGAAAGGGAACCGAACAGCCCGGAUCAUUGACAAGCCUCGCGUUAUCGAAGUUCUACCUCGGGGAGCCCCUGCUCCUGCUGCCCCCGUCCCUGAUAAUUCCAGCACAGCCUGUGAGCCUAGUUCAUGAAAUGGAAUAGCAGAAGUUGUCGCGAGCUCAGAGCCAUUCUACAUGCUCACGGGCUGUCGGCCAGGACUGAUUUUAAGACCCAUCCGAAGGCUGCCUGCAUAGCACCUCCAG